AUGCAGUUCUUCAUCCUCUUCGCCCUUGUCGCCUCGGCCGUCGCCGUCCCCUACGCCGGCAUCGUCAACACCGGCUCCUCCGCCGUCUCCCGCUCCGAUGAUGGCCAUGGCAACUACGCCUUCGGCUACAACGAGGACCACGCCACUGGCGGCACCUUCCGCAAGGAGAAGGGCGGCCCAGGUGUGCAGGUCGGCUCGUACGGUCUCCGAGAUGCUGAUGGUCGAGUGCGAACUGUGAACUACGUCGCCGAUGCCCUCGGCUUCCGUGCUUCG